GAGGGUGAUGCCUUCCGGCUGCGGCGGCACAGUCUUCAUUGUAGGAAUAGGAGACGUUGUCGAGCUGCCGGGAGCCGCAUCUCGCCGGCACCGUGGCAGGCGACAGCGGGGAUUGCCAGAGCGUCGAUAGGCCUCAUAUUACAGGUUCAGGGACGUUCGCAGAAUUGGCAGGUCAUGUUGACAGCAUCUCUGAGGCGCACGUGACUGCCCUUGGGGCCAGUGUGAGAGAACUGACCCCCACCCUGCAUACUCCCUGCACUAUUCUUACAUCCAUCCCCUCCCUCCCAUCUCUGCUCCUUCUGGGAAUCGAUGGGAAUCGGCAAAAAUACAACCACCAAGGGCAGCAUGGAGUCCGGGAGCACAUCCGACAGCAAGUAUGAGGAUGAGAAGCACUCGGCUGCAUUCUUCCCAGUACCAGUGGUGAUGAAUGGAGCUGUUCCGGCCAGCAGUGAGCAGGACACAGAAGUCACUGAGCUGAUGGCGGUGUAUGGAAAAGAGAACAGCACACCAGAGAAGCGUUCCUUGACUGAUGUCUCUAACAGCAGUGGAGAUCUGGAUGCCCAGAGGAUGGACAUGAUCUACACCAUUGAGGAUGUUCCACCCUGGUACCUCUGUAUAUUCCUGGGCCUGCAGCACUACCUGACCUGCUUCAGUGGCACCAUCGCCGUGCCCUUCCUGCUGGUGGACGCUAUGUGUGUUGGCUUCGACCAAUGGGCUACCAGCCAACUGAUUGGGACCAUCUUCUUCUGCGUAGGGUUGACCACUCUGCUGCAAAGCACACUGGGAUGCAGACUUCCCUUGUUCCAGGCCAGUGCCUUUGCUUUCCUGGCUCCUGCUCGUGCAAUCCUGUCCCUGGAUAAAUGGAAAUGCAACAACACAGGUAUAUCCUUUACAAAUAGUUCUGAAAUGGUGGACACAUCGCAUAUUUGGCAUCCCAGGAUACGAGAGAUCCAGGGAGCCAUCAUUAUGUCUUCCCUCAUCGAGGUGCUGAUUGGUUUCCUGGGGCUACCGGGUGUACUUCUGAGCUAUAUUGGGCCACUCACCAUCACGCCAACGGUGGCUCUGAUUGGCCUGUCUGGUUACCAGGCAGCGGGGGAGCGAGCUGGGAAGCACUGGGGUAUUGCGAUGUUGACAAUAUUCUUGGUACUAUUUUUCUCACAAUACGCACGGAACGUCAAGCUCCCUCUCCCGAUUUAUAAAUACAAGAAGGGGUGGACAGCGUACAAGUUGCAGCUAUUCAAAAUGUUCCCGAUUAUUUUGGCUAUCCUGGUGUCGUGGCUUCUAUGCUUCAUUUUCACGGUGACCGAUGUCUUCCCACCGGACAGCAGUCAGUAUGGCUACUAUGCUCGCACCGAUGCAAGGAAAGGGGUCCUCUCUGUGGCGCCGUGGUUCAAAGUUCCUUACCCCUGUCAGUGGGGUCUCCCCAGCGUCUCAGCAGCAGGUGUGAUAGGGAUGCUGAGUGCAGUAGUUGCCAGUAUUAUCGAGUCCAUCGGUGAUUACUACGCCUGUGCCAGGCUGUCCUGUGCCCCUCCCCCUCCGGUUCAUGCAAUCAACAGAAGGGGCAUCAUGAUUGAAGGUUUGUCCUGUGUCCUGGAUGGACUGUUUGGCACUGGAAAUGGGUCCACAUCUUCCAGCCCCAACAUCGGAGUGCUGGGAAUCACAAAGGUGGGAAGCAGGAGGGUCAUACAGUAUGGAGCUGCGAUGAUGCUUCUGCUGGGGACUGUCGGAAAGUUCAGCGCACUCUUUGCCUCCCUCCCCGAUCCAGUCCUUGGAGCACUCUUCUGCACUUUAUUUGGAAUGAUUACGGCUGUGGGAUUGUCCAACCUUCAGUUUGUUGACCUCAACUCCUCUCGUAACCUCUUUGUCCUCGGAUUCUCCAUCUUCUUUGGUCUCAUGUUGCCCAGCUACCUGAAGCAGAAUCCCCUUGUAACAGGUAUUGCUGAAAUCGACCAAGUCCUGAACGUGUUGCUGACAACUGCCAUGUUUGUGGGCGGCUGUGUGGCUUUCAUCCUGGAUAACACCAUCCCAGGAACCUGUGAAGAGAGGGGUCUUCGCAAGUGGAAGGUUGGAGUCUCCGGGGCCAAGUGCUUGGACAGCAGAGAGACUUACAAUUUGCCCUUUGGCAUGAAAUAUCUCAAGCGAUACAGACUGUUCAGCUACCUGCCCAUCAGCCCAACCUUCACUGGGUACCUCUGGGACCGGUGCAGGGAGAAGGAGAGCUGUCGGAGGCGGGAUGAAGAGCCAGAGACGACAGUAUAGCGAAUGGAGAGCCACGCUGUCGUCUGUAGCUAUAGGACCUCUUCCUGUCUGUUGUGUCUGUGUCCCCGACAAAGAGGACUGUUGUGUGGUGUCACACUCCCUCCCCUCCACUCCCUCCCCAACCAUCCAACCGCGUGCGUAUAUACACACACACACACACACACACACACACACACACACACACACACACACACACACACACACACACACACACACACACGAAACAAAAAUCUUUUUGGUGUCUAGGUUGGGAUGGGAGCAGAGUAUUUCCCCAUUGUCGGUUUGAUAUCCUUGUCAGGAGUCAUCACCAGUCAGCUCUUCAUCUGAGUCACUGUUGUCUGUGCUGCCAAAGCCGUUUUGGGGGGUGUGUGUGGGGGAGGAAAAGCCCUGCAGUUGGGAAGCUGCUUGGAUGCUGUGACCCCUUAUCCUUCUGUUGAGCAGAGGAUGGGGGCAUUUAAUUGGGAGAGAAGUGGUGCAACGUGUGUAUGCAUGAUGGAUGUAGCAAAGCAACACAUUAAUACAAGAAAACCUCAAGGAUGACUAUAGGCCAUUCAGCCCAAUGAGUCUGUUCGGUCUGCCUGAAACUUUACCUCGCUGUUACCCCCCACCCCCCCCACCCCACCUCCCAACCUGUAAAUAAAUGCUGGAAAUGCUCAGCAGGUCAGGUGGUGCCUGUAGAGCAACGAACGGACAGGGAAGGUUAGAACUCAGUCAUGUUGCAGUGAAGGGGGAGGGCUGGCGAGGACAGAGGGAAUGUCUGCGACAGGGCGGGGUUGCAGAGAAACUGACAUAAAUGGUGAUGGCGUCAGUGGAGAUAAUGUGGGCCUUGUCUGAGGGAAAUGCAAGGAGAGGCAGAUGAGUGAAGACAAGAGGAAGCCAGAGGACACAGUGCUGUAACUGAGUUAGAAAACACUGGAGGGAAAGGCUGCAAAUACUGGAAAUUCGGAAAUAAAAACUGAGAAUGACAGAAGUAUUGGCCAGUUCAAACGAACUGGAAGGGCUGGUUAUCUGAAAUAGUUGCAUUCAGUAUGAAGGCCAGAGAUCUGCAAUAUACUCUCAAGGCAGAUAAUCGGUGAUUAACAAACCUCUCUUGGCCAGUCUGAUGUCACUCAUGUUGUUCAGUGUCUCGGUCAUGAUGCUGUCACAGACAUUCCCUUUGUUCGUGUCCAGCCUCCCCUCCCUCCCUCCCCCCACCCCCCACUUCACUGCAUCUUUAAAUAUGUCUGAUUUUUGUAGAAAGAUCAUCAACCCUAGAUGUUAACUCCAGUUAUUUCUCCACAGAUGCCAUCUGGCCUAUUGAAUAUCUCCAGCAUUUUCUAUUAUUAUUCCAGAUUUCCAGAAUCUGCAUUUUUUUUCGUCUUUUUGAAACCCUCUUGCAAAUUAGUUUUAAGAUUCCACCCACUCUCCACCUCCUCCUUCACUGUCUUGGAGAGGGGGAGAAAAUCUUACCUGUAACAUCAUUCCAAAGAUUUUGAACCCUUUAACUAGAUUUUUCUAUGGAUCCGUCUUUUACUAAUCCUUGUGUUUGCCUUGAUCAGAAUUCAUCCAUUUGAACCUUGAUUGACCUCAAUGAGGUCCUUGUUCGGCCAUCACUCCACUCUGUUUUAAGCUUGUCUUGCCUUUUCUUGGAGCCUGAAUGUUUUCCAGUGCUCUCGCCGCUUUCCUUGGAGCCCUAUUGCCUUUGAUAGGUAAGAGUCCUGAGUCAACUGAGACUCUGUGGGAAUUCUGUCCACUGCUUGCUUCUCCCUGUCCCUCGCCCUUCGUAGGUUCAUGGCGGAAAUGCUGGUCUGCCAGCACUCUAGCCUCUGUGGAAUGUUUAACUUCCUUCUGAUGCUUUGCAUUGGCAAUCAUCAGCUUUCAAUUGUUAGACAUUUGGAUCGCAAUAGUGUCGAGGGCUAUGGGGAGAGAGCAGAAGUAUGGGAGUGUUUAGGCCAAGAUUGGAUCAGCCACGAUCUUAUUGAAUGACGCAACAGGCUCUCGGCCACGUAGCUGACUCCUGCUCCUGCUUGUGUUCAGUCACCCUCUAACUAAAUGCUUCCGUAAUGCCCUUUCUGCCCCUUCUGUGCUCUCCUGGAGUCCAUGGGAAGUUGGACAAGCUUCCAAGGCUGCUGCACUGUUGCGCCUAUUCUCUUGUGCUUUCUGAUCUCGUUAACCAGAAUCUUGCCUGUACCCCAGUACCCCACCCAUCACCAGUUAGCUAUCGGGCAGGGUCUGAUUUACAGCAACCUCAAAAUAACUUUCAAGUUCUGCCUCUUGCGACCUCUCUCCCCAAUGCUUUGUUCGCUGAGAGAUUUGGAGAGCAAGGCCGAUACUUACCAAUGGGAACAUGAUGGAGUGAUGUUUGGAGAGGACUUCUCCAUGUAACGUUCCUCUUCUGAAAAUAACAUAAGUUAUGCUGAAGAGACAAACACGCACAAAGAAGCAUCUGCACAAAGGUGUAGGAACUUUAGCCCUAACUGUAACUGUCAUACACUAGGACUGUGCUCAACACACAACUUGGAGAUUGUUGCGUAGCUCCGAAGACUUAUCCGAGCCCUAUGUGGGGGUGCUUUGGUGUGUCUUAACACUAGUGUUUAUUACCCAAAUGUAUUUCUGAGGUACUUGCAUUCUUAGCCACAUGAUGUAGAUUUUUAAUGCCAAGGAGUGUUCCUUUCAGGGAAUGCUCCCAAGUAUUACUGAGCCCCACCAGGCAUCAUAGAUUGGAGAGUGUUGAUUACUCUGUGGAUUGCAGUUAGCUCCUUAAUGAGGAGAAUAAAGGGCCGCCAGGCCACCACCUCGUCCAGUGACCCACCAUACUCCAUCCCCAAGAAGAGGAUUCAGCAUGGUGAGAUGUCUUUGGCUGUGGAAGAACUCUGCCAAGAGGGACCCCACAUGAUUGGCAGCUUGAGACCCUCUGAGAGGCAAACCACUAUUUUGGAAAUGUUGGCAAAAUGAAACACUUCAUCUCCAUAACACUUUCUCAUCUUUUGGAGGGAGGUGGGGGCAAUGGUCCAUAAAGUGUGAUGACUCGUAAUAAAGGACUCAGUCGGAGUGAUCAUUGAUGGGUCGAUGCAGGUAGCACUCAUAGAGGAUUUGUUAAGGGGACCUGCAGCAUUUGUGGGUCAGGGAUUUAAAUGUUUCAGAGGUUGGGUGGGAUGAUUGGUGACCCAGUUACAAGUAACUUGGGCCAGCGUUCCCAGUGAUGGAUAUGGGAAGAAAUUCCCAAAGGUUUGUCACUGGGCCACUUAGUGUUUCAGGGAUGGGCUGACCCUGGAUACUGGAACUCAUAUUAAUUACAGACUGGGUUACAACCCAGACUGUUGCUUCACACAGUUAAUCCGGGCUUUGAUUCCUCAAGUAUGUAAAUAAUAUAUAUCUAUAAAUAUAAAUAUAUAUAUCUGUGGGUAAUUUUUUAUUUUUCAGCUAAUGUUAACAUGCUGCUAGGGGAAAUGGGGGUUGGAAUUAUUGGGAUAAGGGUGUCCUGGGCAUUUCUUGCCCUGAUAUUGGUUUGGUUGGUGUGAGCUGCGGGUGUUUCACUGGAAGCGAGUACGUACGCUGUUCUCCAGCUGAGUCUGUGUCUGCUGGCAAGCUUUGGUCAGAGGGCACUGUAAGACUUACAACAUUGAAAGUUGCAUGACAGGUCCGUGCAACUCGUUGCCAGUCCCCAAAGCGUUGUCGAUCAUUCUGUGUCGUUCCCUGUCCAUCCCUUUUCUGGCCUGCGAGGCUGUUGCAUAGCCUCUGAAACUGGCACCUUUGAGGGCAUAAAGAAGGAUAAAUUAUUUUCCUGGGGAGGUGGUUGGGAGCCUGGUGGGGACUCAUUGAUGUGCAUCAGAUUCGCGAAGCAAUGUGUUCAUGUGUUCUGUUCAGCAGUUAAAUGCAUUUGGGAGAUCCUAUCCCAGCACAUUUAGUGUUAAAUUUGGACCUAAGACUGAUGAUCAAUGGCCUUUUACCCCCCUCAUGAUUAUCACAGUUGUGUCAAUUCCACUCAUCCCAGCUGAGGCCAAUCAUCUGGUGCCCAGCUAGUAGAAUUUUUUUUAAGUUGUUUGGUGAUUGUUAAAUAUCUUUGGCCAUUCCUUUCUUUGUGGUGGUUUGCUCGGCCAAGGUCUCAGUGUGGCUGUGCACUGCCCACGUUGUGACUGGGUCUCGAUGUGACGGUGGGGUGCGGGCAUUGAGCUGAUGCUCGGCACUCAGUUUGGAGGCAGCCCCAUUGAGAGUCAGCAUUCGAUCAUUCAUUGGAAACAAAAUCUGGGAGCGGUGAAACAGACCCAGGAGUUCUUGGCCUGUUCGUGGACAGUUUUUUUUUCUUUUAAUUGCUCCACUCACCACUCCCAGCUUUCUCUCUGUUCCACGAUGCCCAAGCAUCCAUGUGAUGAUAGGUUGGGAGUAAAGAGAUAAAGCUGGGAACACCCUGUACUAACAGGCACAAAAAGGUACCCUUCCCCUGUCCUGUUCUUUAUUCCAGUGGCAGGUAGGCUGGAAGAUUUGGGUGUUUAUAAGUAGUUCUGCUGGGAACUUGGUCAGUGGUUGGGUUAGGUGCCAGUUUCAGGCACCCACUUUAGUGUCUAGUUUCAGUCCAAGUUGGUUUAGUUGCACCUUGUGUUGUCUCAAAAGUUGCAAGGGCAGUUAAAAAUUGUUCUGUUGCUGCCUGUCUGUUAACACGAUAACUAGUGUUUCUGUUCUGUAACCCUGUGCAAUAUCAGCACAUAGAAAUACAGAUAAAUUUCAAGUGUAUUUUUCUAACAUUGCAUCAUGAAUAUGUGUCAGAUCUAUUUAAAUGCCCGUGAUCUCUUUGCAAGAAUUUUACAGGCUGUUUGUAACAUAAUAUCUGUUAAUCUCAUUCCAAGUUGGUUCAAUAAUUAAAAAAAAAUAUGGUGUAAACUUGACAAUGAAGCAACUUGCUCACAUUUUAU